AUGUGCCACCUGAUCCAUGAAACUCACCACGAGGGCUGCAACCAUACAGUCCGCACUCUCGACCCGCAGCACCGGUCUUACUUCGGCCUCUUCGGCGACUCCUGCGUGUUGGUCGGGCACUACGAGAUCCGUCACCACCGCCACGCCACAGGUCCCUGCUAUGUCUGCGAGACAGCCGCCCACCAGCAACAGCAGCAUGGCUAUAGGCAAAAGCCCUCGGGUCAGAAGCACAGGUCAAACCCAGACUUCUUCCCACCACAACACUACCACCCCCUAACCACCUUCGUCCGCGCCGCCCAGCAGAUCCAGACCGAAGCAAUCUUCAAGCAGCUCCAGCUCCUCCCGUCGCAAAAACAGAACCUGAACCUCUGGGAGUGGGAGUGCGAGGCAGAGGCACUGCUGGCGGACGUGCUGGUGCGGAUGCCGGGGUUUGUGGACAAGGCGUUGUUGGUGGGGGUGUUUGGUUGGGCGGUGGGACAGGGGCUUGGGAAGAGGAAGAGUAAGAGGAAUGGGGAUGUGGAGGCUGAUUUGAAGGUGCAGGGGAAGAUGAUCGACCGGCUGGAGGGAAUGUGUGUCGAGGUUGUGCUGGAUGGUGAGUUCGUGGCGGGGAUGAGGGCGGAAAGGAGUCCGUUGGACGAGUAUCGCGAGUUUGGGCGUUGGGAGGGUGGGUGUUGA